AAAAACCAAACUUAUCUCAUUUUCUCACUUGCUCAUACCACAAACCAAACUCACAAAAUUUAGUAACAAAAAAAAAUAAUCCAAAUUUCAGUCAAAUCAAUAUCUCUGACCAAAAUUUUUGUGAAGAAUAUUUGUCAAAGAAUCUUCAGAACAUUUUUCAGAAAAAAAACCUCUUAAUCAACAAUCUUUAUUUUGUUAUAUAUCAUCAUCAUAUAUUCUUCCUUUUUUUCUUCAUCAAGAUUCCACCUUUUUUUAAAAAAAAAAAAUGUAUCAAUUUCCAAGUUUUUAUGAACUAGGUAACACUUGUUCAGAUUCAUAUAAUAAUUUUCUUCAAGAAAUUAUAAAUUCAUCAUCAAAUGAAAUGUUUAAUAAUAUUAAUAAUUUGGAAAGUUCAAGUGUUAGUCCAAGAUCAAUGGCUGAAGCUAAAGCAAUUGCAGCUAAUAAAAGUCAUAGUGAAGCUGAGAGAAGGAGAAGAAAAAGAAUCAAUGGACAUCUUGCUACUCUUAGGAAUCUACUUCCUAACACUAUCAAAACAGACAAGGCCUCUUUACUAGCAGAGGCAGUAAGGUGUGUAAGGGAACUAAAGCAGACAACAUCAGAACUAGGAGCAACAACAACAAUGUCGGAAAACGACGACGACGAUGAUCACACGACAUUAAUGACAAAAUUAAUGUUUCCGAGUGAAUCGGAUGAAUUAAACCUAAGUUAUUGUAACGAUAGUAAUAAUAACAAUAGUGAUAAUAACAACUCGGAGUACGAUGGAGCAAUAAUAAUAAAAGCAUCAAUGUGUUGUGAGGAUAGGCCAGAAAUUAUGAUGGAAUUAAGAAGGGCAUUGAGUACAGUAGAAGGAAAAAUUGUAAGGGCAGAAAUGUCAACAGUAGGAGGAAGAAUUAAGUGUAUUUUGUGGCUAGAAAUGUUAGAAAAUGGAUGCAAAGAAGGGCUAUUAGUGCAAUUGAGAAGGGCAUUAAAAGUGGUUAUGGACAAGGCAAAUUUUGGCCCACAAAAUAUGGGGCAAGAUUUGUUGGGAAAUAAUAAAAGGCCACGUUUAGUAGGGGGACCAAUGAAUUAUGUUUGCAAAAAUGGACAGCUCUAAAGAGACAAAGAUUUGUGGACAUAAUGAGCAAAAGAUGUUAAUUGUGGAAAAAAAGUUUGUAAGUGUUUUGUUUUUUGGUUUGUCUCUUCUUCUUUUUCUUUUUCAUUGAGUGGUUUUUGUAUGAUUAUUUUAAUAUUUGGAUUUGUGUUUAAGUUAGGAGUCGUUUGGUGGA